CCAAAACUGCGCGAGGCGGCCGAGCGGUGAGCGAGUAACGGACUUGGCGCGCGCGGUUCAGGUUGGUUUUUGUUUCCCACCUUUUUUUUUUAUUUUUGGGGUGUUCGGGUAGCGGUUGGCGCCGAGCUCUGUCUGCCGGGCAGUCGGUGAAACACGGAGGCGAUCUGAGAACAGGUGAGCUCCUUUGAAAAUGCCAGGUCAAAAAUUUGAAAAUAGUCAGGAUGUAAUGGGUCGAUGGCCAGGAAGUAGCCUUUACUACGAAGUAAAAGUUGUAUCAUUUGAUGUCCCUUCUCAACUAUAUACAGUGCGUUACAAGGAUGAUGGCACUGUAUUUAAACUUAAAGAGGCUGAUAUGAAGCAUCUUAAUGUUUUUCGAAACAAGAAAAGAAGCUCAGUAUCUCCUUCUAGACGUAGAAGUCGGUCAAGAUCUCGAUCACCUGCACGACGUUCAAAAUCUCCAAGUCGUACCCCAAAAAGUGACAACCAGCUACCCAACCUACAGAGCGAGUUAAGAAAGGAGGUGUUAAAGGUUCAGCUAACACCACUGAGACUUAAUGAUUAUAAUAUUGGGAAACACAAUGGUGACCCCACGAGAAAUGAACCAAAUGUUUUGCAUCACAGAGUUACUCGGGCAAAAGUGAACGAAGUGAAUGAAAAAAUAUUGCGAUACAGCCCCAUUAGAAAAAAAGAAGAUAUUGUGAUGAAAAGAACUGUUGAUAUCGUAGAACAGAAACCUACUGAGAAGCCCAUUGAGAAACCUGUUGAGAGGCCUGUGGAGAAACCUGAUUUGAAGACACUGGUUAUGCCUCAUGUGAAGCCUGUUGUGAUCUGCUCAAAGCAGCUGGAGUUUGGAGGUUCAAUAGGGGCUGCUUUUAUGAUUUUGUCCAUGCCCACUACAUUGUUCUACUUGCUGAAUAUGUGUCUUAAACAUGAUGCUGAAAAUGUUCUCUCAGAAUUUCAGUUCACAACAUUAUGGGAUCCAACAACUAUGGGAUUUUUUGUCCUCUGGCUGUCUGUGCAAGCACUGUUGUACAUUCUGCCUCUUGGAAAGAUUGCUGUCGGUCUGCCUCUUGCGAAUGGAAAGAAGCUGCAUUAUAGACUUAAUGGAUUUUGGGCUCUACUACUGAGUUCAGUAAUUGUAGGAGUAAUGAUUUACUACAAGUUCAACUUUGUUUAUGUCUACGACCAUUAUCUACAAUUUGCGGCUGCUGGCACAAUUAUCUCUGCGCUGCUCAGUAUCUAUCUUUAUGCACGUUCUCAUAGAGCACCAAAAGAAGAUCUUUCUCCUGCAGGGAAUGCCGGAAACUUCAUAUAUCACUUUUUUAUGGGCCGUGAGUUAAACCCUCAUAUUGGAAGUUUUGACUUGAAAUAUUUCUUUGCACUUCGUCCAGGGUUAAUUGCCUGGGUACUUAUUAAUGGCAUAAUGCUCUUAGCUGAAAUGCGUGUUCAGGAAAAUGAUGUGCCAUCUGUGCCUAUGAUCCUUGUUAACAGUUUUCAACUGUUGUACGUCGCACAUGCCCUGUGGAAUGAGGAAGGCGCUGUGACAUGUAUGGAUAUCGUACAUGACGGAUUUGGGUUUAUGCUUGCCUUUGGUAACCUUGUGUGGGUGCCAUUCAUUUAUAGUUUGCAAGCGUUCUACUUGGUCAAUCACUCAGUGGUUCUUUCCUGGCCUGCGGCUGCUGCUAUUGUUGCAUUAAACACUCUUGGCUACAUUAUAUUCCGUGGGGCAAAUAAACAGAAGCACAGCUUCAGAAAGAAUCCAGAUGAUCCAAGGCUUGCUCACUUGAGAACCAUUCCAACUUCGGCUGGAAAACAUUUGCUGGUCUCUGGAUGGUGGGGAUUUGUUCGUCAUCCAAACUACUUGGGUGAUAUCAUCAUGGCCUGGGCAUGGUGCCUGCCAUGUGGUUUUGAUCACUUUUUGCCUUAUUUUUAUGGGAUUUUCUUAACUGGUCUCCUUAUUCACCGAACUAUCAGGGAUGAACAACUAUGCAAAACUAAAUAUGGUGCUGACUGGGAAUCGUAUUGCCAACGUGUGCCUUACCGCAUUGUUAAGUAUAUCUAUUAACAUCAAUGAGCAGUGGAAGAAAACAUGUAUGCCGUUUUUGGAACAGUUUUUAAUUUUAUUGAUGUAGGGAACAAAAGGAAAGUAUUUUAUUUUUGUUGCUCCUCUCCCGCUCCAUAAAAAAAUUAUGUAAAAAUGUUGUGUAUAGUUUUAUAAUUUGAAGCAGAUAUGCAUAUUGAUUUUGUAUAUCUAUAACCAUUUACUGCUUAGGCUGGAUAUAGAUUGCCUAGUUUGCUAGGCUUAUUUAUGUAAAAAUGUCCUCAUUCUCUGCUUGACAUUCUUCUGUAUAUAGGGUUUAUCACGUCUGGGACCAUCUAGAUAUAUGUAGGAGGCAUAGUGAUGUGAUUCAUUCAACAUCAAGCGUUCUACAAGUAUUUAGUUUGUUCCAAUUUUUUUACUUGCUCUUCGGAUAACUUUUGGUUGUCUGUGUAUGAUGAUUUUUUUUUUUAAGUUUUAGUCAGAAUUAAAAUCCAAAGAAUCCAAAAAUGUAUUUCUAUCAGCAAUUGUCUACCUAAAUAUUGUAUGUCCUUAAUGUCGCUUUAUGCAAAUAUAGAAGUACAUUAUUUUUAGUAGCUUGUGUUUACUAUACAGUUAAAAAGAAAAUCAAUUUAAUUUUUUUAUUUUUUGAAAUAUGUAUAUGUAGCUUGUUUACGUAUUGAAAUUUAACGCACUCUAAACUGUGGUCUGUUAGAUUCAAACCUAUUU